AGUUAAACAUUGAUCUGGACCGCCAGAAUCCCGCACCCUGUCGAUUCCCCGCACAAAACUUCUUGUCCCAAUGUCGGCGGCUGGCGCCCGGCCUCUCGCCGCCAUGGAAGUUCCCAUUGCCACGGGAGACGGGAUCAAAUGGAUCGAGCUCACCGUCCCCUCAUCGAUGCCUCCGCCUCUUCCUGACUCAGUGGUCGCUACCACUCCGGCGAUACACCAUAACGUUGCCUCUUGCAAUGUUGUUUCCGGAGACCCACCAGCCUACCUCUUAUGGAGAAUACAUGAAAACUUCCCUAACAUUCUGGAGGUUAUUGAGCUCUUUGCUUGUAAUGAAUAUCCGGAGACCGGGCUGCAUCUUAUCUUCCAUGACGCGCUUCAUCCUUUUGCAUUUCUGUGUAAAAAUGAGCUUGCAGGAGGAGAUGCAUACUCGCUAUAUGCGUUGACUGUUUCAGGAACUGUUUAUCUUCUCAAUUUGAAAAGGCCUUUCAAUUUUUUGUCUGGUUCAAUUUUCCCGCAGAGUGAUCUUAGAGAAUUUAGUGUGCAAAGUAAUGCACUGGACGGAAAGGUAACAGCUGUAGCAGCAACAUCAGGAUGCCUUUUAUUAGGGCGUCAGUAUGGUUCAAUUAGCUGUUACCAACUUGGAGUUCUUGAUCCUAGCAAACCGGGAUUCAUGUAUGAACUACGAGAUGAUUCUGGACUAGGUCGCUUAUGGAAUCUCAUGUCCAGGGGAAAGGCUGCAGGGGCUGUGCAGGAUAUGGUAAUAUCUGAAGUUUGCACUAGAAAAUUACUUUUUGUGCUUCAUUCUGAUGGGAUCGUGCAUUUAUGGGAUCUUGUUAGUCAUGCGAGGGUGCUUAAUCAUAACUUGAGCUCAAGUGAACUGACAGGAACUACUCCCUCCCGGUUAUGGGUUGGUUGUCCUAACUAUGACGCUAGUGUGAUUACUUUAGCGGUUUUACAUGUAUCUGAUGUUGAGGUAGUUGCUGUUUAUAACUUUGGCAUUAAUGUUGGUGAGAAGAGCAUUUUGUCACCGGAGCCAUUGUUGAAAACCAUCCUUCUGGACAAGGGAAGACUUAUUGACUUGAAAGUCAGUUCAGACAAGCUUUGGAUUCUUAAAGAAGAUGGAUCAUUGUUUUAUGAAUUAUCUGAUUAUGAUUAUAAAAUGGAACAUGCAUCCAUUUAUGGUUUGCAAGAAGACUUUGUUGCUGACCAGCUUUUUCAAAACUCUGAACAUGCUUUAGAUGAUCUAGUGUGGGCCAACACAUCCAUAUUUUCUGCAAUGAAGGACCAGGUUGUCCAAUUUCUAUCUUCCAUAUUUUUGCAAAGAUUGCUCCAACCUGGGAUUUAUCAUAGUGCUGCUCUACGUGCUAUGCUUCUUGAUCAGAAGUAUCUUUCUGAUUUUGAGUUUCAGUCUUUGUCUGUUGCUGACAUAAGAAAAGAGAUUUUCAAAAUUGUCAAUGCCAAGGUAAAUUCUGCCAUGUCAAGCUCACUGGUCCAUUACUGGAAGGAUUUUUGCUCUCAUUAUUUUCGGUACUGGUGUCAGUAUAGUGUGCCGUAUGGAUUGUUCUUUGAUACUUCAAACAAUGUACUUGGUCUGAUCAGGAAAAAUUCCUUAUCUCUUUUCCGUUCUUUGGAAGGGAUUGAGAAGCUUAUUUAUGGUUCUUCUGACGAAUUUCAUGAUUUGACAAGCUAUGGGUUGGUUUUACCCACAGACAGUGAUGAUAGUGAACUGCUUUAUGAAGUUCUUAGAUGCACGAGUCACAUAAAUCAUCAGAUAGGAAGAGCCGCUUCUGCUAUUUUCUAUGAAUCUCUUCUUGUUCCCUCAAUUUCAUCUGAAGACGUCGUCUUUCACUUACUCAAGAUUCUGGAAACUGGAUACUAUCCAUUGGCUGGUUCUCUGCCAGUGCAGGUUGGAGUCGAUACUUGGGAAAAGAGGCAAUCUGCUCAUAGAAGCUUGAGGAACUUUUCAGUGGACAUGUUGCUCUCUCUGCAUGCUUUGCACUCUAGGGCUUCAAAUUGGGCUGGAGUGUUAAGUGUGGUAGAAAAAUAUCUUGAGUAUCUGAAACCACAUAGAAGCAGCCAAAAUUGUGAGUUGGAAGGAAAUUGCAGUAUCAAUUUUUUCUUGUUGGUUCAGGCUACUUCACAAGUUUCGAGGGUAAUGUUUGAGACAGCUUUUGAUGUACUUCUACUUCUUGGCUAUUUGAUCAAUACUAGCGGGCAGGUUUCAAUGAUACAAGCUGAUAUUACCCGAAUAAAAGCAAAAUUGAUUCCCAUGGCUCAUGAAAUAGUAACACAAUGGCUGGUUCUCCACUUUAUUGGAACCACUCCAACUAGCCCUACAGUCGUGGAUGAUUUCAGCUCUCGGCUCUCUUCGUUGCAUAUAGGAUCACAUGCUUAUAUUUCUGUCGUAAGUCUAGGUAGUAAAGCAGUCAAAAGACCAUCGGAUGGAAAGCUUGGGUUGUCUGGCUAUACAUUGGCUUUUUUGGUUGAUUUUCCCAGCUUCUCUGAAGGUGAUGCUAAGUUUUUAAAAUCUUUUUUGAGCUCUGAUCAACUCUUCCGGUCCGUGUGGAAGUUUAGCAGUUUGAUUGUGUGGGGAGUUACUGGUAACGAGUCUUCAAUCACGUCUACCCCAAUGAUUGAGUUAGCUUGCCUUCUGGUUAGACAUGGACAAUAUGAAGCCGCUGAGAAUUUAUUUCAUAUAAUAGAUAUCUAUUCUACUAAGACAAAGAUAUCCCCGAGCUCUUGGUAUGCUGAUGGUGGAUUGUGUAGACGUUUUCAUCUUCUUGGUUUCUGCCUAAUUAUGCGGGUGCAUUCUGAAGUAGAUGGAGUCCUAAAGAAGCAUAAAAUUUAUGAAGCUGUCAGCUGUUUCUUCAGAGCUGCAUCUUUCCCUGAAGCAUCACAAUCGUUGCAAACUCUCUCUUCAGAAACUGGUUUCCUAUAUUCUGGUGAAUCUGAAUCUAUACCUUUGUGGAGGCUUCAUUAUUAUCAAUGGGCAAUGCUAAUCUUUGAUCAAUAUGCCUUGAGUGAGGGCGCUUGUCAAUUUGCUCUUGCUGCUCUAGAGCAAGCUGAUGAAAUUCUUGCACUGAAAGAUGACAAUAUGGAUGAUGACUUUCUUCCUGAACCCGCCUCUACAAUCCGCGGCCGGUUGUGGGCAAAUGUCUUCAAGUUUUCUUUGGAUCUUAAGAAUUAUAGGGAUGCUUAUUGUGCCAUAAUAUCAAACCCAGAUGAGGAAAGCAAAUAUAUUUGUCUUAGGCGGUUUAUCAUCGUUCUUUGUGAGCAUGGUGCCACCAAGGUUCUCUGUGAUGGCAAGUUGCCUUUUGUCGGAAUGGCCGAAAAGGUUGAGCAAGAGUUAUUUUGGAAGGCUGAGCUUUCUGAUAUUUAUGCGAGGCCAAACCUGUACAAGUUGCUUUAUUCAUUUCAAGCAUCUCGUAACAACUGGAGAAAGGCUGCUUGCUACAUUUACCAGUAUUCUAUUAGAUUAAGAAAUGAAGUACGUACAGAUGAUACGGGAAAGUUUUCUGCAGCCCUCCAAGAGAGUUUAGAGGGAUUAUCUGCAGCCAUCAAUGCACUGCAACUUGUGGAUCAUGCUUCUGCCUGGAUUGACUCUAAAAACACGGAUAGUUUUUCUACUGGUCAUGGUGUACCGCAUAAAAGAGCUCGAAAUGUCCUUGAAGAAAAAUCUGCUCUUAGUGAUGAUUUUCAAUCUGAGAGGCUACAAUACAUUGUUGACAUUAAAAUGCUUGAAAAAGAGUACGUGCUAACCUCAGCCCACUAUUUGCUUUCACGCGAUAAGGAUAAGUUUAACUCUUCAGGGAAUCAGAAACUUUCACAUUUAGUGGAUAUGCUGAUCAAAGAAAAUUUUUACGACAUGGCUUUUACAGUUAUUUUCACAUUUUGGAAGGGUUCUACAUUAAAUAGGGAACUUGAGCAGGCUUUUAUCACUCUCUCAGAAAAAUGUUUCUUAGGAGGAAUAGUUUCUUCACCUUUCAGAAGCGUUGGGACAGUACAUAACGUUUUGCUACCAUCACCUGACGAUGUAACACAUAUUGAUGGGAGAAAUAUCUUGAGUUCUAUGAUCAAUCAAAUCAAUGGAAAUGGUCACUGGGAGACCCUUGAACUCUAUCUA